AUGGAGGAGCCGGCGAAAGACCAGACGAACCAGUCCAUCGCCUCGGACCCCGUCGAGGUCGGCGUCCCUCAGUCUCUGGCCCGUGCCGUCUUGUCUCGGCGCUCCGAAUACCUUCGUCCGUGCCAGAUUCGAGUCAAGGUGGGCACCUGGAACGUGGCGGCUCGCCCGGGGACGGAUAAGGACCUCGCCAGCUGGUUCGUCGAGGAUGUGCCAGUCGACAAGGCGCUGUCAGGGCUCGAUAUCGCUGGUGACGAUCGUCCACGACGCUCGACUGAGUCGGGCAAUGGAGACACUAGGCCAGAACCGAUGACCCAGGAGGGAGAGGGAGGAUACGAUCUCUACGUGCUGGGACUGCAGGAAGUGGUGGACCUCAACCGGACAGGCGAGUACAUGAGGGGCCUAUAUGUCGAUAGCGGGCCCAUGGACAAGUGGAAGGCAGCGCUGGAAGCAGCAAUUCCUCAAGGAUAUCAGCUUGUCGUGUCUGAGCAGAUGACAGGACUGCUGCUCCUGAUUUAUGCCUCUCCCACGAUUGCCCCCACAAUAAGCAACAUCUCUACGCAACAGGUUGGGACAGGGCUGCUCGGAUACUUUGGGAACAAGGGCGCCAUAGCCACUCGUCUCGUUCUGGGAGAGACUACAAAGCUGUUGUUCGUCAACUGCCACCUCGCUAGCGGCGCAGGUCCAGCUGCUCUUGACCGACGGUGCUGGGACGUAGCCCAGAUCCUGGCCAAGACUCAGUUCGACCCAGUGGUGAUUGGAGGCGUGUCCGAUGAUGAAGGGGACAGGAUCGGAGACGAAGACUUUGCUUUCUGGUUUGGAGACAUGAACUUCCGGCUGGAUGGCUUGCCAGGAGACGACAUCAGACGGCUGCUGACGUUGCAUGCUCGCGGAGAGUACGACUUGAACAACGACAAGCCGGCGCCCAUUGAAGGAGACGACGGCAUCAUCGUCAUGCGGUCAUCCGAAAGCGACGACGACACAGCCACCAUGUCGUCGAUGUACUCCAGAGACCACAGCUUUGAUCAAAGCUUCGACUCGGAGAGCUCUCUACCAGAUCCCGACGACUUUCCGGAAGACCCUAGCCAGGACCCAGCGUCUUUACAGGCAACCAUCGACUCGCUUCUACCUCAUGACCAGCUGAAACGAGUGAUUGCUAAGCAGAAGCUGUUCCACGACGGCUGGAGAGAAGGACCUAUCACCUUUCUGCCAACCUUCAAGUACGACAUCGGUACAUUUGGCUUAUUCGAUUCGAGCGAGAAGCAGAGGGCGCCUAGCUGGUGCGAUCGGGUCCUCUACAGGACGCGCAAGGACAAGGAGGCAUAUGACAAGAAGCUGGAGGAGCUGAAGGAGACCAAGCGCAAAGACGAGGAGAUGAGGGCAAGAGGGCUUGAGGAAGACGAGGAUGUGCUCUUUAGCUACGACCCCGACACCGACGGAGAGGAACAGCCGCCAAAGCCAGCAUCCACCGAGGCAUAUGACGAGUAUGACGAAUACGACAUGAACGAAGAUAGGCCGGCAGACGGUGCUGAUCCAGAUCAUGCCUCUCUCGAUUUCUACAGCUCUCAGCAGCGCAUCACAUCAUCGGACCACAAACCAGUUCUCUCCACGUUCACUCUGCGCUACGAUGCCGUCGAUCCCGAAAAGAAGGCUCGGAUUCACUCAGAGAUUGCUUUCGAGCUGGAUCGGGCUGAGAACGAGGGCCGGCCCGGCGUCACGCUGAUUAUCGAGGGGGGCCACGGCGCGACGGACGGAGUCGUCGACUUUGGCGAGGUGGGCUUCUUCGAGGCACACUCGUGCUCCAUCACCAUUGCCAACACCAGCAGCGCUGCUGCCAGCUUUGAGUUUCUCCAUGAGACCCAGACCAGCGAAGACGAGCGGGGCGCAGCCCAGUGGCUCAAGACGUCGUUCCACCGGCCAGACCAAGACGGUACUCAGACCAGGCUCGGCUCGUCGGUGACGCUGGAGCCCGGAGAGACAAUUCUGGCCGUAGUCGAGGCGCGAGUGUCGGAGAUUUCGCAUGUUCGCGCGCUCAACGACGCCAGCUGCAAGCUGGACGAUGUGUUGGUUCUGCGCGUCGAGGGCGGCAAGGACCACUUUGUUCCUGUCCGCGGCACGUGGCUCCCCAGCUGCUUUGGCCGGUCGAUUGACGAGCUGAUUCGAGUGCCGGAGUGCGGAAUCCGCAAGUUUAUCAAGGACAACAACAUUCAGGGAGCCAUCACGUACGACUGGGACGUUCACUGCUCUGCACCGCGGGAGCUCUUCAAGCUCACCGAGGUCAUUCAAACCAUGGCCGAGCGUUGCGUUGCCGACGAGGCGAUGCUGGAGCACAUGACUUUGCCGCGAGACCCGGGCUGGCCGUUGGACUCCGCGACAUGGACGGUGGAAGCGGCCAAGCAGGACGAACUCAAGGCGGCACUCAUAUCAGCCCUGGACACGAACGCACCGCUGGCGGAUGCUCUGCCGGUGGAGCUCCUGUCUACGCACAAGCUGGAGAUUUACUCUGCCGUCUUACUCCUAUUCCUCUCGUCUCUCAUCGACGGACUGGUUCCACCGCAUCUCUGGGCUAAGCUCUCUAUAGAGUUGCCGAAUCUCAAUACCCUGCCGGUGACAUCGUGGCCCGACGUGAAGAAUCACAUCCUCGACCUGCUUGCAAUGUCUCCGAGCCACAACAUUGCCUUUGUCUUCUUGACGGCCACCCUUUCGCGUGUGGCUGCCGAGUUAAACCCUGCGACUGCGCCGGGGCCGACCCCAGGCGCGUUAACCCGACGGCUCAGCUUCCGCCCCGGCGAGACUGAAGCAGUCCGGAAGAGGAGGGCCAGGGAGAGGCGGUAUGCCGAGAUUGUGAGCCCGCUGCUGUUCCGAUCGAGCGAUGAUAAGGACAAGGCGAAGAAAGACCGAGAGCGGAUUGUGCUGGAGAUGUUCCUCAGGAAGGACGAUCGGAGCUAG